UGAAGAGGAGGGGCAGUAGUAGCAAUGAUUUGUAUAACUAACUGGCCAGAACAAGCGAGGUGGGCAGAGCCAAGCACGAGUUAGCAAGGUCUUAUUUUCGCGUUCUAGUAAUGUUUUGAAACUUGUGUUCUAGCAAUGUUUUGAAACUUGUCGCGUUCUAGCAAUAUUUUGAAACUUGUCUCGCGUUCUAGCAAUGUUUUGAAUCCACUAUGUUCGUAACAUGUUCUAGUUUUGGGAACAGAAAACUGUAUUGAGAUCAAAUGUUUCAUCGAUGAGAAAAUUAGCAGAAUGUGGCACAAAAUCCAACUCCAUUCCAUCUUCUCCCACUGCCGUUAACACGGCUUCCUCUCACUACCACAUUUGGUACAUUAUUUGAGCGAGUGGAAAAACCAAGCGGAUGCUUCACAUUUAUACAUCCGGUGAAAUAUCUGUCUCAUUGUUGUAUUUGUGGUUGGAGUGCCCGGAUUGUAGUGAAACAACGUUGCAACUCAGAUAGUAUUGUGUCGAGUGAUACAGUAACUCAUUUGAGAAUUUAGACUAAGGUUCCAACGUUUGAACAUCAACAAGGAUAUUUUGUUGCACCAUUAUAUAUAAUGGGACGAAAGGUUAUAUUAGUUACGUGCUCAUUGAUACAACGGGCACUAGAUUUUGACGGAAACUUGGAGAGAAUACAAAGAAGUCCGAAUAAAAAAAUCCAUUAAUUGAAGAUGCAUUGUCCAUUUAACUUAAAUUGUAGUGGGCUCAUAUACAGGGCUGUUUUAAAGGUCAUAUGGUGUUUAAAAAAAAUGAUGAUUUAUAGACAUUCCACUCAUAAGCCUAUAGUCUACUGUACUAGGUUACUUGCUCUGCUGGAAUAGCGUGCACAUCUUGCAAAUCAGGACUCUGGUCAUGCCAUUAACAUUAAUAAUGAUAUAUCCUCAUGCCUAGGUAUCGCGAUAGCCAAGUCUCAGGGGAAAAAUACAGAUUGGGACCAGAACUGAAAAUGGUAUUUAUUAAGUACAUCUCCUUCAUCGAAGUUGUGACUGUAGUAAUUGUUGAGUACGUUACUGUAUACAGUGAGUAGCCUACAGCACACAUUUAGCUUAUUAGAGAAAUGUAUGUCUUUGUUUAUUUGACUCCUAUAAAGCUCUGUGCUUGUGCAUAUAAAAGCAUCCUACAUGGUGUUGUAAUAACAUAUUAAAACAUGUAAUGACGCAUUCACUGACUGUUGUCUGCCUGGGCUUAGCCAUGCAAUUUUGGCUUGUACUCUGUGUUAUACCCUCCCUCUCUCUCUGUUUCUCAAUAUACUAACUGCACGGGAAACCCCCACCAGGGUGGCGGAAUAAGAUAAAACACACUGACAACCCAUAAAUAUACACUGCUCAAAACCCUUUGGGAUGGGCUCCAAAGAUAAAGAACUCUGUCGAGAACCAAUGGGAUACUGACGCCAGGCUGGAGAGGACUGUCUAUCACCUACGAACAACCAACCAGGAGCCAGAACUACCAGAAUCUACCUACGUCAUUUCAAUGUAUAAAUGAACUGCCCAAAUAUGUUGUAGGCCUCUUUUUCCGAAAGCUCCCUAAGGGUUGGACGAAUAGGAGCCGUGCUGCACGUUUGCCAGAUAUCAUCAUGUCUGAAUAAACAGCCUUUAAUAUACCGUAUCCGCCUUGUCCAGAGUCUCAUCUUGGUCUUGUUUCUCCAAUAACUAAUCAUUUACAAUGGCCAUGCCUGCUCUGAAUUUCCAUGAACUUUCCCUCAACCUCCUCUCUUUCUGUCCCUGGUCAUCAGUGGGUAUGGCUGUGCAGACCACUUCUACGAGUCAGACACCCUGCUGCACUGUUUCUAGGUACUCAGGAAGCUGCUAGGGUCACCUGUCAGGACAUCAUCUGACAAGCACUUCAGCUAUGUUGUGGCUCUCUUUGCCUCCUGGACUAUCACACCCCACUAAACAGUCUGUGUUGCUGUUUAGUGUGUAUGUUGCUGUGGCUAAUGUUCAUUAUAAGUCUUGGAAACCGGGAGUUCCGCUGGUUUUCACCAUGGAAUAAACUCAGACAUGUGGAGGAGUACUUCCUGCACAGGAUGAUCCAGGAUGUGACAGGACAGGACACUGUCCCCUUUGUUGACUGCGUCCUCUCAACCAAAGACACCUGCAUCGGGAGUGAGGUCUGUGCUGAACUGUGGAACCCUAGGAGGCACAUUCAAUUAAGAGCCUCAAACGAAGGUCUUUUCUUUUCAAACCUUACUCAAUUUCUGUAAUGAGUUGUGUACUACUGUGUGUCGUCAGUCAUUUGUGUAAUGGAUUGAAAGAGAGCUCAAAUGUUUUUUGAGAGAUUAAGUGAGAUUGCUUAUUUGAAUAAAUAUAUACAGUACACAGUUUUUCUAGUAAGCUACAGUAUGUAAUGAAGUAUGUGGGAAUGCCAUGUGCUUGGCAGCCCCCGUGUGGACAUGGGUCUGGACGGUGUGGAGAUCUUCACCAACUCCUCAGCCAGCUACCACGAGCUACGCAAGGCAGACCACAGAGUCAUCCUGGUUAAAUCAGCCACCACGAAGGACACUGUCCCCUUUGUUGACUGCGUCCUCUCAACCAAAGACACCUGCAUCGGGAGUGAGGUCUGUGCUGAACUGUGGAACCCUAGGAGGCACAUUCAAUUAAGAGCCUCAAACGAAGGAGGUUGUGUCACUCUGGGUCUGGAGGAUGUCCGCAGCCACAGAGGAGAGCAUUGCCACCCACACGUGGAGUAUGAGCACAAGCCGUGUCAUCGAGUCAAAGUGGACUUCUCCUGGUCUGAUUGUGAAGAUGUCUACCUCCCCACUCACCAGCCCAUUGAGUGGCAGAUCCACACCCCUGAGGAAGAGAUUAGGCAUGGCACCCCCUGACAAAGACUGGGAUCACAAGAGUGUUGUGUGGCUAAAAUGCUGCCCAAAAUAAAUAGUAGCUAUUUUUGACUGUGUCUCCCUGUAUUUUCUUUUUCACCAUGGAAUCAUUGGAAACAGACAGAGACAGCACCUACUAUAUCGCCACACAGAGGAUUCCGAAGCAUGUAGUGUGACAUUCAUUUACCCUGACUGCUCCCUUUGUGUCUGAAACUGAGCUGCCUGUCUUUGGUGGAGCCAAUCCCUGUCUGAGAGAAGUUAAAACUAAAAAGACACGAUUUAUUUAAAGCUACUUUCCAGAUCAUGUGACUGCCCACCUCUUUACAGUUUACAGUGUACACAUACAGACCCUUCCAUUCAUGUGACAAACAAGCACAGGCCUUCAUUCUAACCUGCAAUUUGACCCAUGUCAAAUACAUGCACAUGCGUGUCUCUGUGUUCUUGUCUUUGGUGUCUUCAGCCUGGGUCCAGCAUGUUGGCUUUGGGAAUACCUAAGGAGAAGUGGUCAGAUGAGUAGUGCUAUGUUUGGUUUGAAUUAUGUGUAAAUGUGCUUACGCUUACUUGCUUAUUAUUGAAUAUUUGUACUGAAUAUUUAUAUUGUCUGUAUAUCUGUCCAUAAACACCCCUGUUAUUCCCUGCUCCAGGCUGGUUUCCUUCUGCCCCUCAGUGGUGGUGUGGACACUUCCUCUACAGCCUGCUUUGUCUACCCCAUGUGUGUGCUGGUCUGCCAGGCAGUCAGAGAUGGCAGUGUGUACUGGACUGGAUACUGUACAGGCCCAUAAUGGUUUGUUGUGUCCCACAAGGGACACAUGGCUCCUAUUCUAAAGUUUGACGUUGCAUUCAAAGUUUGUCACUACAGCUUCUGACAGCUACAGCUUCAACUUCUUUCCUUCCCUCCCUCUCCCUGUAUCAGACUCCCAGGUGCCGGAGGAUGUUCAACGGGUAGUGAUGUGAUGUGUCCUACACCCCACUGGAUCCACUGGAGCUGUGUGAACGCAUCUUCACCACCUGCUACAUGGCCAUUGAGAACUCCUCGGUGGGAACCCGUAACAGGGCCAAAGAGCUGGCU